AUGAAUGAACUAGGCGUAUGUGUUCCAGAUGAAGGAGUUUCAGAUGGAGGCGUUACAGGAAUUGAACCAAGAGUGGUAGGAAUUGUUGGUAAAGGCUUUGAUCUAGGCUUGGGGGUAAACGAGCCUGUUGUAUUAGGUGUUUCUCGUGAGAACACAUCAGAUGUAGGUGUUGCAGUAGGUGUUCCUGUUAAGGGUGUUCCUGUUAAAGGUGUUCCCGUUAAAGAUGUUGAAGGUGCUGAAGAUGUUAAAUGUAUAG